UCAACACCCCGCUCCAAUCCCGACUCCGAACCAAAACCAACCCCAAUCCCAACCGCAAACUCAAAACACCCAUCCCGAGCUCGCGCAAGCGUUCAGCCAUCAAAACCGUAACGCACAGGAACAGGAGGCUCGAUUGCGAUAUAUGGUGCAGGUAGCGGCGGAGGAGAAUCGGCAGCAGUAUGAGUAUGCAAUCGGGCAGCAGCGGCAGUUGAAGCAGAAACGGCUGCAGCAGGAGCAACAACAGCAACAACUCGGUCAACAGCAGCAGCAGGCGUCUUCGUCGGCGCAGGGUGCGCAGAUGGGUGGUAAUGGCCAAGGAUUAACAGCCCAGCAGAUUGAGGAGUUAGCGCGGAAGCAUGGAUAUGGGGCUGACGGUUCGUUGCAGGUACGGGUGGCGUCCCAGCAGGGCCAGCAGAUCCAACAGCAGCCUUUGCCGCAACAACAGCAUGUAGAACCUCUGCUCCACCACCAACAACAACAGCAACAGCCACAACAACAACCUCUGCCCGUCCAAUAUCCGCAAUCACAGUACCCGCAAUCAUCACCACAGCAGCCGCUCACGCCACAGCAGAUCCGACAGCAACAGCUCAUGCGGCAGAUCGCGCUGCAGCAGCAAUUCGCCCAACAACAACAACAACAACGACAACAACAGGCCUCGUCUUCAUCACAGUCCCAUUCCCGGUCCCAGUCACAAGCGGGCUCAUCGAGACCUUCGUCUGCGCAUUCGGCACAUCAGCGGGUUCAAUCCCUCGGGAACGCAAACGGACAAUAUACGGCGGAACAGAUCCAGGGGUGGCAAGCGCAAGGACAGGGACAGACGUAUCAGAACGUUCAACCGCCCGGUCAUGGGCAACAACGCGUUCGUCAGGUCUCUGGUUCGUCGAACGGACAGGGACAGGUUCAGUCAACUUUUUCGCCUGCGUCGUGGCCGUCUACGGGCGUGAAUGCGAAUGCGAAUGGAUCGCCCCCUAUUCCGGUCCCUGCUCCUGCUUCUGUUCCGGAUACGAGUGGACAUGGACAUGUUCGUAGGGAGUUGGUCGGCCAGCAGCAGUACGCUGGAGUGCAGCCGAUGGCGAUCGCGGGGCAAGGAAUGGGGCCGAGGAGGAUCAUAUUGACUAACGCGCAUGCGAGUGGGUCCGGGUCGUCGCAGAGGCAGAGGACGGUGUCGGGUUCGAGCACAGGAGGAGGGAUGCCGGUUCCGUAUCCGCAGAACGUGCAGGGGAUCCCUCAGCCGAUGACAGGUCCUGUGCCCGUGCCAGUGCCAGUGCCAGUUCCGGGGACUACGACUGCUCCUUUGAAUGGGCAUGGGCAUCCGCAGCAACAGCAGCAACAGAGGAGGCUUUCGGGACAGCAGGUGCAGUAUGUGCAGAUGCAGCAGGUGCCGCAACAACAGUUCCAGCAUCCACAUCAGGCGCAGUUCCAGCAGCCGCAUCCACAACAGCAUCCAAAUCCAAACCACCAACAGCAGCAGCAGCAGUAUCAGGUCCAAGGCCAAGGUCAACCCCAAGGUCAACCACCGACGCCUACACAUCCCAAUGGCCCGCAUAUGUGGCCUCCUACGCCGAUCACGCCUACGGGUUCUGUCCCUCCACCUCCGACAAAUUCGGGCGCCUCUACAUCUUCUCAUACGCCGAAUCCGAUGCCGAAUCCGAAUGCCCCUCCGCCACGUCCCAACGCUCCGCAAAUUAUCGCGCAGCGCCCACCGAACUCGCAUCCUCCGAACCCCAAUGCCGCGCAGCCUCCACGGACUGUUUCGUCGCAUCCUCCUAACUCACAGCCUCCUAAUGCACAUUCACCGCUGCGUCCACCACCGCACCCAACCGGCCCCCUCCCCCACUCCACGAACGUCGCACUCUUCCCCGACCCCACCUCGCUCGCUUACGGCAUCCUACAUAACACAAAAACCAAACUCGAAGAAACCUGGCAGACGGCGGUGAGGGAUACCGCGGCGGAGGUGCGUGCAUGGAACGUGGGCUUUGCGAAGGUUUUCGGGGAGCGGGAGACGUUCGCUGCGGAGAGGGAUGCGGCGAGGAGGGAGUUGGAGGGCGCGAGGAAGGAGUUCGAGAGCGUGAGGAAGGAGUUGGCGAGGGCGAGGGAGGGCGCGCAGGGGAUAAAUGGUGGGAAAGAGAGGAAGGAGAUCGAGAUGAUGAGGGGACAGAUUGGGCAGAUGAGGAGAGAGCAGAAUAUGUUGGUUGUGAUGAAUAAUGCGUUGGCGGCGGAGAAUGCGCGCUUGAGGGAGCGCAUGGGGCUUGGUGACGCUGACGGGUCCAGUUCCGCUGCCGGCACUGUGCAAGGCCAGCCAGGAUCAGGACAAGCUGGGCAGAACUACGGCACGAGCGGCGUUGGCGCGCAAGUCUUCGCGGAGCUCAAGUGGUACAAGGAUAAUUAUGCGAAGUUGUCGGAAACGUGCAAGGAGAUAAAGAAGAAGGAAGAGAAGAAGUGGAAAGUUAUUGAGGGGUUGUUGACCCAGAGGGGGUUUUGUGGCGAGGUUUUCAGGGAGGUCGUGAAAUCGUGCAAAUGUGGCGCCGCGUUGCUGAUCCCGCCACAAUGCACUGAGCUUCCACCAGCGUCGGAACUUCUCUCUCAGUCUCGGACCCAAUCACAGCCCCAGGGCCAACCUCCCAAUCCCUCCAUAGAUCCUAACGCCCCCGCAGGAAAUGCACCGGGCUCUGAGCCUGCACCUAUUUCAGCCUAUGCUCCAGGUCCACCACCGAGCGCGAGUCCCUCCCCAUCCAUCGCUCGAUCCGAAACGUCGAUCGGUAUGGCGAACGGAAGUGCGAAAGAAGGAACCUCGACGGCUGCGACGUCGCCUAUGAGUGCGAAUAAGGAGACUGUGGUGGCUCGGACUAUGCCUGGGAAUGGGAUAAGGGCGAGCUCGCAUCCGCUGGGAGCAGCUUCGAUCUCAACGGCGGGACCUGGGAUGCAGAGGAGGAGUGUGGACGGGUCGAUGCCUCCGCCGAGUAGUACUCAACGCUCGUCCGUCCCUCCCAACCCUUCGCGAUCGACCGCCCCUGUAUUUCUGUCCUCGACGUCGGCGUUCUUACCGCCACCUACGACUUCUUCGACGGACCAACCGGCGCAGGGUACGGACCAGGCGGGAAUUGCACACGAUACGGCCUUGACGGCACGGUGGAAGCACCAGAUGGACAUGGAGGUGAUCGACCUAACGGAUCUGGCUGAUGAUUCCGACGACUUCAGCCAGUUUGUCUCACCGGAGAGGGCAGCUGCAUUGGCGAGAGGGGAGGUAAAAGUGGAGCCGGAGGUGGAGAGUCCUUCGGCCUUGGGUGUCAGAACUAGGGAGGGGAUGGAGGAAGAAGAUGAGGUGCAAGAGGUUGGCGGUGGAGAUGAGGGUGGAGAUGGAGAGCGGAGGAGAAAAAGGAGGAGGACGGAUGAGUUCGUGGGUGGGUGUGGAGAUGGUGGGGUGCAGGUGAAGAGGGAGAUUGUGGAGGCGGCGAUGGAGGGACAGACAGUGUAUCCGCCGGAGCCUUAUCCUCCGGUGCAAUCCACGCGCGAUCAGGAUGUGCAAAUGGAGGGUCUUGGAGGAGAGCCUUCGCAAUUGGUGGAGGCGACUCAGUCGGGUCCUAUCCAGUCGGCAUCUCCAAGUUCGCUCUUUCCACAGUAUCAGCAUCUCCCUCAACCGAACGGCGCGCAAAACCAAAACCUGAACUUUGUCGUCAAAGCUGAAGUAGACGACCGGUCCUUGAAUCUCGACUUAGGCCCUUCGUUUGAGCCGUUGACAAACACGAACAACGGUCAGCAACCUGGAGAGGGAGAGCAGUUACAGUCUGGGCAGGUUCAGGAUGAUGUGGGUGACCAGGCUGAUGGUGAGGGGGAAGGCGAGGAGAGUGAAGAGGAAGAAGAGGAGGAUCCAGAGGUGGCGGCGGCCAAGCUGGAGGAGAAGCAUAUGCAGCUUGUGUAUAAGAGUGUCGACGAGCAGUUGGUUUGCCGAUUUUGUUUAUACCGCAGAGAAAGAGAUCUAGCAGAAGGUCGUGAUACCAUCAUCGUACCGUCGUUCCCACCACCGGCGUCAUGGGAGGUCCAAAUUGGUCACUGCAUCGAGACUCACGCGAGCGCUAUCAAAGACUUACUCGGUAUGAGCGAUGAACAAAUCGUGCAGAUGAAGAAGGAGAUGCUGGAGAAGGAUCGUUCCGACGCUCAGGAUGACUCCGAGGCGGGUGCGUCGACAUGAAAUCGGUCUGGUUUAAGCUCUCUCAGUUUCUUAUUCUUCCUUUCUUGGGGUCGUUGUGUCACCGUUCCGUUGGUUCGAUUUGUCUAUCGUUUGUUCAUCUGUUUCUUGCAUGCAUUCUUGUUCUUGGUGAAUCGGACACGUCUCUUUGCUCCAUAUUUCGCCUUUGUUGUCUGUCUCGCACAUCUGCUCGUUUCUAUACUAUCGUCGCGUAUAUUUGUUUCUAUUAUCCACGUCAUACGAACUCAUGAAUAAGUACAUACCAUAAUAUGUUUAUUGUAAGCUUUAUGUCUGAUACGUCUCUCCUCAUCCUGCCUCGUCUUGUCUUGUGCCACCUAUUCUUGAUGUUCUUGCUAUAUGCCAUACUUAUGCGCGACGUGCUGGCUCUUAUACUCUAUAAAUCAGGAAUCAUAUC